CCGCUCUUGGAACUGCCCGCCGCAGCUUUUCGUCUGAAGCUAGGCAUUUCGCUUGUUUCAUGACGGCCCAGUUCCGCGAGCCUGAUGGAACUGGAGGGAAAAGUGAGAGGCCACUGGGACAGAGUACAUACCUUGAAGCUAGAGACAAGAUAUUUGUAUAAUUUCUGGCAAGCCAAGUAAUUAUUUUAGGGAGCAUUGAAUUUAAAGCAUAGGCAAUGAAGAAAGAGACAGAAUUUUGGAUUUUCAUCUAAAGAAAAUGAUAGAUAACAACCAAACGUGUGCUGCAGGGGAGGACUCUGUGCCCUACCUAACCUGUAUGAUUCAUGUGCUUGAAGAGUGGUUGGGCGUGGAGCAAUUGGAGGACUAUCUGAAUUUUGCAAACCAUCUCUUGUGGGUUUUCACCCCGCUGAUACUUUUAAUACUUCCAUACUUUACCAUCUUUCUUCUCUACCUUACUAUUAUUUUCCUCCAUAUUUAUAAGAGGAAGAAUGUGUUAAAAGAAGCCUACUCCCAUAACUUGUGGGAUGGUGCAAGGAAAACAGUGGCCACUCUGUGGGACGGACACGCGGCGGUUUGGCAUGGUUAUGAAGUUCAUGGGAUGGAAAAGAUACCAGAAGGACCAGCACUUAUAAUUUUUUAUCAUGGAGCUAUUCCCAUAGACUUUUACUACUUCAUGGCUAAAAUUUUUAUCCACAAAGGCAGAACUUGCCGAGUAGUAGCUGACCACUUUGUCUUUAAAAUCCCAGGGUUCAGUUUAUUACUUGAUGUAUUUUGUGCUCUUCAUGGACCAAGAGAAAAAUGCGUUGAAAUCCUGAGGAGUGGUCACUUGUUAGCUAUAUCACCAGGCGGGGUUCGAGAAGCCUUACUUAGUGAUGAAACCUACAACAUCAUAUGGGGUAAUCGUAAAGGCUUUGCUCAGGUUGCAAUUGAUGCAAAAGUGCCCAUUAUUCCUAUGUUUACACAAAAUAUUCGAGAAGGAUUUAGAUCACUUGGAGGAACAAGAUUAUUUAAGUGGCUUUAUGAAAAAUUCCGCUAUCCAUUUGCUCCAAUGUAUGGAGGCUUUCCUGUAAAGCUGCGGACCUUCUUAGGUGAUCCCAUUCCAUAUGACCCAAAGGUAACAGCAGAAGAAUUAGCUGAGAAGACCAAAAAUGCUGUUCAAGCUUUGAUUGACAAGCACCAGAGGAUCCCGGGGAACAUUAGGAGUGCUCUGCUGGACCGCUUUCAUAAAGGGCAGAAGGCUGAUUAGCAGACAGUUUAAUGUGUUUGUACGACAAGUUUGCAUCUGUGGUACUGCCUUUUAAAUUUUUGUAGAUUGUAUAAUAGUGUUUUUAAAACAUCAUAGUAAUGAACAUUUUUCUUUAGAACUUAAACUUUAUAUGGUUAAUCCUAUCCCUUCAAUCAGUUGUGUCAAAUUUAAUAAGUAACUCAUCACUUGCUUGACUCAGAAAAUAAUCAUGUUGCAUUUGCAAUCUUUAUACGCACAGAAUCUUAGAGUUAAGUCUUUCCUGAUAUCAGCAGUUUAGGUUAGGCAGACUUUACUAAAUUAUACUUCUUAUGGCUGUGUCUGUUGUGCCAAUAUGAUAGUAAGAGAUAUAUGUGUUAGGGUAUAGCACUUGCUUAAUUUAGAUGAGUGAUGCCUUUAUGUAACUGUGCUUCAUUCCACUCACAACUGCUGGUAAGUUGUGGAUCGCUUUUGCACCUCAAUGAUUUAUGUUAAGCAUGAUAAUACUGUGGUGAUGAACAUUAUUUUAAGUUGCUUCUAUCUACUGUGAUAUAUCCAUAUCUGAUAUAUCUGAUAGAUAUCUGUAGUGCGAAAUAUGUAAUUGAAUUGAUUCCUGAAUCCUUUAGGAGUUAUGUACAUGUUUUGUCCAUUGGAUGUUUCAGCUACUUCUUCAGGUAUGAUGUCCAGUUGCCAAGCACAUUUAAAGAGAUGUACUAUUUUAUAAAUCAAAUCAUUGUUAUUUGUAUUAUUUAUUAACUGAAUUGUUUAGUAUUUAUUUUAAACAAGUAUCUAAGUAAAUUUAUAGGAUGAGUUGUCAGCACAGUGUUUUAUGGUGUAAAGAUAAAAUCAUGGGCAUGCUCUGGUUCGUGGUAGAAGCUAAUUCUAAGCUGAGGAAUAACAAACUAAGGAAGCUAUGGUCUUCCCUCAGUAUCAGGGCUCACUUUCUGUGCUUUGCAGCUAGUCCCUUGGUUAUUAUUUCAAUAAAAUGUACUUGAAUGAUGAAUUUCUGUAAACAUGGAGCCCUCUAAAAAUGUAAUUGUUUUGAUAUGUUGUCUUCUUGAAAACUUAUUUUAAAAGUAUUUAAACAUCAAAGUAUCAUCAAUUCACUGCAGUAUAUCUACUUCCGGCUUUGUAGUACUUGGGUUUUAUAUGGACUUUUUAACAACAAGUGUAUAUUUAUAUAUGUAUAAUGUAUAUAAAAAUGAUGUGAAAAUAAAGCUGAA